UUGUUCUGAGGCCCUGGGACCCAGAACUUGUGCAAUGCCCAUAAGCUUCUUAGAAGAGGCGGGUAUUAGGCAGGAUUGGACACUCGUCCCCUGGCAUGCCCUUCAUAGGAUUCCCAGGGGAGCUGGCGGAAGGAGAAUGGGGUGUUCCCUGAGGCCCAGCUUCAGACCCACUCCUCAAGACCCUGGGUUCUGACAAGUCUCCAGAGCUUGGAAGACGCAGAUGUCGAGGUCUGAAGGUUUGUGGACACCCCUGCCUGGGCUUCAUGGAGAAAUCCUUCCUGAUUACCAACAUGAAUCCCAGAGCAGCCUCCACCUCUCCCUGGACAGAAUGAAAGGCCAGCUGUAACAAGACACAACGGGCCACCAUGGGGAAACUGAUGAAGAUGGGGACACAGGAGAGGCGGUUAUUCCGACCCAGGAGGCUUCAUUGGAGUCGCCUCCUCUUCCUCCUGGGAAUGCUGAUCAUCGGUUCCACUUAUCAGCACCUGAGGAGACCCCAGAAUUCCCCCUCAAUGUGGACAAAAGUCUCUCCCCAGCAGCCUAUUAAACUGUCCAGCAGGGACCUUCCCAAUGAUGACAUGACAGUGGUGGCUGGUGACCCUCCAGAGGCCAGCUCUGAAGUGGAGGAUGAGAUGCUGGCACCCCAAGACGUAGUGAUCAGGGAUGAAGCAACACCUAGCAUAACAAUGGAGGACACCCCUAAUCCAGCCAGAACAAGCAAGAUCAGUGCAGCCACAUCACUAAAGAAUAAUUAUAGCCCCACAACAGCUGGCACAGAAAGUAAAAAGGAAAACCGGCCACCCACACCUAGCAGAGCACCAAAUCACUUCAUCUCAACUUCAGGCAGGCAGAGUGUAAGAAGCUAUACCCCGAGACCCAAGGGAGAAAGGAAGAACUCCAGCCCAACUCACGUUAGGGCAAAAGGAAGGACCCACCCCCCAGCCCCAGCAGAUGCGUCACCCAUCGUCACCAUCACCCCCGCAACAUCAGAGAAAGACAGCGAAACCAUGGCAACCUCCAGGAUAUUGGAGACCAGAUCUCCCAAGAGAACAGCGGAAAAAACCACUGCAGCUUCUCUCAAGAGAAUGGUUCCGAACACCCCUACUUUCUUAACACAUGAAAUAGAAACAGACUUCUUGACGAGUUUGGUAGAAAACAGAACCCAGGGCAAUCCUAGAAGAGGGGGGGAAACCAGCUCUAGCGCUCCCCAGGGAGCAGUCCCGCAGCACACCCCAGCCAUCUCCAAGGAGCGAAGGAUGAUAAGCGCCAAGAUGGUUAGCAUCCCAGCAACCGCGGGAGGCUCCACUGCUGCCGGGGCAAUUAGCAGUCCCUUGUCCAGAACCAGUGCACCAGACAUUAGAAUUGCCUCAGCCACCAACAGGGAGCUGGCAAAGAGACCUCCCACAGCACACAGCAGCCCAGUAACUCCCAAAGUCAAGGCAAUCCUGACCACACAGGUCCACCGCUGUGUGGUUGUGGAGCCGGCCCCAGCUGUACCAAUGACCCCACCUCCAAGCAUGACAACCAUCCUGGCCCCAGAAGCACCCAGUUCCAGUCCCUCGGCUUUGCCACCUGGCUGGCCGAACCUCCACCCCAAGGCAGAGUAUCCCCCAGACCUGUUCAGUGUGGAGGAUCGGCGACAGGGCUGGGUGGUCCUACACAUCUUCGGCAUGAUGUAUGUGUUUGUGGCCUUGGCCAUCGUGUGUGAUGAGUACUUUGUCCCAGCCCUGGGAGUCAUCACAGACAAGCUACAGAUCUCCGAGGAUGUGGCAGGGGCCACAUUCAUGGCCGCUGGAGGCUCGGCCCCUGAGCUUUUCACCUCCCUCAUUGGGGUCUUUAUCUCCCAUAGCAACGUGGGAAUUGGUACCAUCGUGGGCUCUGCUGUGUUCAACAUCCUUUUUGUCAUUGGCACCUGUGCUCUUUUCUCCCGGGAGAUCCUCAAUCUCACCUGGUGGCCCCUGUUCCGAGAUGUCUCCUUCUACAUCCUUGACUUGUCCAUGCUCAUCCUCUUCUUCCUGGAUAGUCUCAUCACCUGGUGGGAGAGCUUGCUGCUGCUGCUGGCGUAUGCUCUCUAUGUGUUCACCAUGAAGUGGAACAAGCAGAUUGAGCGCUGGGUGAAAGAGCAGCUCAGCAGGAGGCCAGUAGCCAAAGUCAUGGCCCUAGGGGACAUGAGCAAGCCCAGCGAUGGCGCCAUUGAGGGAAAGGAGCAACAGGAUAACAGGAAGCUGAAGCUCCCGUCUGUGCUGACCCGAGGGAGCAGCUCGGCCUCACUGCAUAACAGCAUCAUCCGCAGCACCAUCUACCACCUCAUGCUCCACAGCCUGGACCCCCUGGGGGAAGCCCGUCCCUCCAAGGACAAGCAGGAGAGUUUGAACCAGGAAGCCAGAGCUCUCCCCCAGACCAAAGCAGACAACAGCCCAGAUGAGGAGGAGCCAGCCGAGCUCCCUGCGGUCACGGUCACUCCAGCUCCUGCUCCAGACGUCCAGGGAGAUCAGGAGGAGGAUCCAGGUUGCCAGGAAGAUGGGGAUGAAGCUGAACAUACAGGAGAAAUGACAGGUGAAGAGGGUGAAAGUCAACCAGCUGAAAGGGAAACUGAGGCAGAAGGAAAAAAAGAUGAAGAGGAAACUGAGGCAGAAAGAAAAGAAGAUAAGCAAGAAGGGGCAACUGAGGCAGAAAGGAAAGAAGAUGAACAUGAAGGGGAAACUGAGGCAGCAGGAAAUGAAGAUGAACAUGAAGGAGAAACUGAGGCAGAAGGAAAGGAUAAUCAUGAAGGGGAAACUCAGGCAGAAAGAAAUAAUGAUCAUGAAGGGGAAACUGAGGCAGAAGGAAAAGAUGAUGAUCAUGAAGGGGAAACUGAGGCAGAAGGAAAAGAUGAUGAUCAAGAAGGGGCAACUGAGGCAGAAGGAGAUGAAGAUGAACAUGAAGGCCAAGGUGAAAUCCAAGCAGAUGACAGUGAGGUGAAAGAUGAAGGUGAACCAGAAGCCAAUGCUGACAAUCAGUGUGAGGCCACCCAAGGUGAGAAAGGUGCAGAUGGUGAAGGGGGAAGUGAUGGAAGUGACAGUGAAGAAGAGGACGAUGAUGAAGAGGAGGAGGAGGAAGAGGAAGAGGAAGAGGAGGAAGAAAAUGAGGAGCCUCUGUCCCUGGAAUGGCCUGAGAGCAGGCAGAAGCAAGCCAUUUACCUCUUCCUCCUGCCCAUAGUGUUCCCACUGUGGCUGACGGUACCUGAUGUGCGGAGGCAGGAGUCCAGGAAGUUUUUUGUCAUCACCUUCCUGGGAUCUAUCAUCUGGAUCGCCAUGUUCUCAUACCUUAUGGUAUGGUGGGCUCACCAGGUUGGUGAAACCAUUGGGAUUUCUGAAGAGAUUAUGGGUUUGACGAUCCUAGCAGCAGGCACUUCAAUUCCUGACCUCAUCACCAGUGUCAUCGUUGCCCGGAAAGGCCUGGGAGACAUGGCCGUGUCAAGCUCAGUGGGCAGUAACAUAUUUGAUAUCACGGUGGGCUUGCCUGUCCCUUGGCUUCUCUUCUCUCUCAUCAAUGCACUGCAACCUGUUCCGGUCAGCAGCAAUGGUCUGUUCUGUGCAAUUGUCUUGCUGUUUCUCAUGCUCCUGUUUGUGAUCUCCUCAAUCGCAUCGUGUAAAUGGAGAAUGAACAAGCCCCUGGGCUUCACGAUGUUCCUUCUUUACUUUGUGUUCCUGGUGAUCAGUGUGAUGCUAGAGGACCGAAUCAUAUCCUGUCCUGUAUCUGUCUGAUUCCGUCACUGGGGCCCAAGAUGGGCAUCGACCGGAAGACCAUACCAGAAGUUACUGUCCCUCUUGCCACACCAGUCAAAGCAUAAACAUGAUCGGGGAUGUGAACUGGGCAGUUUAGACACUCAGAAGUGACUGUCAUUGUGACUGAGGCUUCUUUUUGCAAACACACGCAGCUCCUGGUGGACUACAGAAGGAGAGCUCCUACCACUCAGGCAAGCAACUGUCAGCAAGAGGACCCCUGUAGCCAGAGGGCUUUCCAAACGAGACCUGGGGUUAAGGCUGGGAUGGCAGAGAUGAGACAAGCACACUUGCUCACAAUUCUCUGGUCACAUUCCUCAAGAGGCACGGGUCCAGGGAUGCAGGUGUUGGAGGCUUGCUCUCCUGGCCACUGCUCCAGACACACACUGCCACCCACUAUUCCUCUUGGUGCAACUGUCAAGUCUGCAGUCAUUGUAAGUUCAGCUAAUGAGUUGAAGAAGCGCAGGCUCAGGGGAGGGGGAGGAAUAAUUUAUCAUUCUACCCCAUAGUCAUGUAAAAUGCAUGCCAAUGUUUUCUAUGUUAAAAGACAUCACCUUUUAUUGUGCAUUUCUGAAAAUGGAAUUAAAACAGAAAGCAGCC